AUGGUUGAGGUACUUAUUACGUCUGAUUUGGUGUCCGUUCAAAAAUCUCUCAGUACAGAUAUAACAUUGACAGAAUUAUGUUCAAAAUUAAAUACUAUUACAGGUGUUGAGCCAAACGAUAUGAAGUUGAGACUUUCGUACACAAAUUCUCGUGAGGAUACUAUAAUUGUUCCAUGUCGAACUCAUGGUGUAAACCAACCUUUAUUACCUAAUGAUUCAGCGCAAGUUACGGCUAUUUCAGUAGAAGAUACAAACGCGACCUCUGUCACUAAUCAACUAAAGAGAGAUUCAUCGAGUCCUGACAGUAAUGUUGCAUUCAAAUUAUCCGAGGAAGAAUAUGAGUCGAGAGAAUCAAGUGUCCUGAGAUGGAAGAAAGAUAAUCAAUUGGGACGUUUUGAUCCAAAAUAUUUAGUCAAGAGAAAUGAGGAACUAAGAUUACAUAAAGAUAAAAUGAAUAAUUUAGAUGUAGGACAGAGAUGUACAGUGAAGACAGAAGAUCAACCAGAAAGAAGAGGUUGGUUACGAUACUUGGGAAAAGUUCCUGAGAUCAACGUAGAAGAUAUAUGGUGUGGUGUUGAAUUCGACGAACCUUUAGGUAAAAAUGAUGGUUCUUAUAAAGGUGUUCAAUAUUUCGGCCCAGUUGGAAAUAAAUAUGGUGCAUUUGUAAAACCUAGAUUUGUCGAGACAGGAGAGCAAUACGAGCCCUUUGAUAUUGAUUUCUCUGAUAGUGAGGAUGAUGAGAUAUGA